CGCCCAGAGAGCCACCUGGACGGAGACGCGGCUGCCCCGAUCGACGCCGACGACGACGUGCCGUGGGGCGGCCUCCUGAUCGAGCCCAGCGCCGAGCACGACGCAGAGCAUCCUGGGAAGCGCCCGCGGCGAUUUCGGAGAAGUGCUUUGUUCCAGGAAGCUUUGAGAGAUGCUGGCGUUGUUGGCAUAGAGCAUCCACCCACUCGUGACAGGCACGACAUACUGAAGCACGCAAGAGAGUGCAAGGCUGCAAAACGUGAUGGCGAACGGGAUCGCCCGUUGGUGGUUCCACGGCCUGCUGAUCUAGCCAUGGCCGUUGCGCCUCCGCCAGCAGUACCAGCAGAGACCAUCAGCAGGGUGCAGGAGAUGGACAUCCGCCUUCGCACACAGUGGCCUCUCGAACCAUGCGUGCGGGAGGUCAUCCAGAACAUUCGCAUGGACAAUGCAGGUCGCGACGAGACAACUACCAAAGUCGCGAGACAUUACUUGGCGCAGAGCGGCUCCCGAGCCAACGUCGAUUUCAGGGUAUCUUCCAAGGUUUCUUUGGCUGCGAACCUCGGGGUAGACCGUAAGAAGAUCUUGUCCACGUUGUACCGCGCUGCGAGCAUGGUCGUGCACGUCGACAGGGGUGUUCGAUUCGCCGUGGAGUCGACGUUGGCUACAACUUUGCACGAUUGCGACCUACUGGUGUACAUCGACGCCAGCAUGAACGACGAGACGUCGCUCAAGCUUGGCCUCCAGCGGCAGAAUGAUCACAACAUCCAGCACACCCACAACCCUGCGGAGGCAUCGACUUCCCUGGCCCUGACCAUGCCAGGGAUGCCAGCGAUGUCUGGAAGAGAGAAGACGACGGCCAAAAUAUUGCAAUCAAGAGAUUCGUGGGGAGUACUUUUCCGCAGACGAGAUGGUCAGCUCGCUGCUUGCUGGGGUCGCUCUAGCACUUGGCUUCAACUUCUUGACAGGACCACUGGGGAAGUCCUGCGCGAGGCCACGUGCCAACGGAGCAGCAUCACACAAUUCUGCGAAAAGUUCAAGAGCAAGACGAGGUUGACAUGCCUUGACAAGGCCGCUUCCAACGAGAAGGCAGAGAGGGCGUACCUCAAGGACCUGAACGAGGUUGCUGGUGGCUGGCAGCGUUUGCACAUCUUCUGCGAGGUGCACUUGGUUGCCUUGGCCCACAAAAAAACUUUCAAGCUGUGCGAUGCCCUCAUCUCGGGGCAAAUACAUUUGGCUCUUUCCAUCAACGAGGGCACGGGGUUCACGAGGUUCGCCAUGUGCGUCAAGAAGGUCGUGAAGGCUCGCAUGCAGCUUUCGCUUGCUUACCUCCCCAACGGUGACUGGCGCAAGAGGGACUGCGUGGAGGUGUACUUACCAGAGAACGCCACGUACGACGAGGACUACGUGAAGGAGGUCAUCUCGGAGUCGUUGACGAGAUGCCUCGUGGGGGCACGCUUCACAGUAUACAAUCGAAGCAAGUGGACCAGGAGCGACUCAGCGUGGGACGAGUUCUGCUUGCUGGAGGGGUGCCACGGCUUGGCAUCGGCCGCGUGGGAACGCUGGUGCCGAGAGGCGCGCGACCUUGCUGCCUCGCAGUUUGAUGGCGCAAACGCGCCGACGGUGCCGCAUGACGCAGCUGCUUCUCUCCUCCACCUGGCCGCGGUGAUGGACGCCCCCAUGUAUGACAGCUCGGGCGACGCCAAUGUGCCCAAGCCCGACGCCGACAAGCACGAUAGUUCCAAACAAGCUCGGGCAAAUGCGCAUCGAGAAGAGCACGCGCUGCAUCGCCGCUUGGCUACGACAUUCUUGCAAAGCGACCCUUUGGGAUGUGCCCUGGUGAUCCGUCAGACUAUGGAGCCGCUCCGAAACCUCUUGAAGCAACACCUCGAACAUUGCGGAGUUCCGUACGCAGAUCGCCAGGAAGCUGCAGCUGCCCAGAGUUGUACCAAUGAGGGUGUACCUGGAGAGGGGCGCGCGUAUCCAAUCGUCGAGAGCGCCAUGGGACAGUUCGAGGCGUCCUUCCACCUUCGGGUCAAGCUUCUCAUGGACCACCCUGCUCUUUGGGUCGACUUGAUCGCGCCCGAGAGACAGACGCUCAGUCUCCGAGGCUUUGCGUUCAGGCUCCUUUCAGCAGCAGACUGCCUCAUCCAGGAGACCCUUGACUUGCACCACAGCACGUUCCCGAUGAAGAUGUUUCGUCUCUUAGGCGGCGCCCAAUCCUCAGACAUCACUUGUUUCCCCCCCUGCAUGUACGACGAUUGGUCCUGGGCAUUCCUGGAGAGAUACCGCGAGGACCCCGAUUUCGUUGACGGCGAUGUGGUUCGGGCAGAGUUGCGUCUCCAUGCGUACUUAGCAGGGGUGAACAUCGCACCUGCGGAGGCAACCCACUCUGCAGUGCGACGGCGGCUCUUCGCCAAGGGCAACCAGACGCACGCUGAGGGCCACGCGGAGCUCAGCGCAGAACACAUGCUGGACAGGGCAAGGCGUUUCGGGAAGGAGUGGGAGUCGACCUGCGAGCCGCAUCACAUCAACCUGGGCGGCCCUUGCGACCCAGAUGAUGACGGCAGUGGCCAGUCGAGCAAGCGCGGUGGCGGCGGAGCCUGGAGGGCUUUCGUUCGGCGCGAGAGCGCCAACUCGACUGGGCGUCCAGACCUGCGAGAAUUGGGGAGGAGGUACCGUGAACUACCAGAAGCCGAACUGGCCGACCUUCGAGUGGUAGGCAAACAUGCUACUGAGCAGUGGCGGGAUGGCGCUAAUGGUACAGCAGUUGGCAGCUCGUUUGGUCUCAGGGCCAAGGACGUCCAACGCGCGCUGCACAGGCAACGUCUGGAAGGCCUUGCGUCGAGGGCCGUCGCCAUUCAGUCCGAGGCCCCCGUGGUUGACACCGCAGUCUUGUGUGACAGCGCCAUCGCCAGCGCUGUGGUUGGACGGUCAUACGCCGAGGAGUUCGACCUCAAAGAGAUUUCCAAGUCUGCUCGUGCAACUUUGCGGUCUGAAUUGAGGGCACUGAAGAAGUGCGAUGAGGACUCGUUCAAGUGCCUGACCGAAUGGCAACGCAUUCAGAAAAUCGACGCCGAGAAGACGCUCUACGAGACCGUGCCUGGCCUUGAGAUCUGCAAGGAGUCCAUCGAUGCGGUUCCGAACUGCCGUCAACACGUCUACACCGUCAAGCACCCGUGCGAGCUCUCCGCCGCGAGCGCGGCAGUGGUGUCGAACUCUACCAGCACCUCGAACCUGAACAAGUAUUUGGAAGAGUUUUGGACAUCGCUGCACAAGCCGAUCAUGCAUCAGGAGUGCCGCCCCAUCGGCAAGGCCCCGAAGGCGCCCAUCAAGCCCCCGUGCUAUACCGUUGGCAGCCGAAAGCUGUUCUUGCACUUGGUCGGCGAAUCGCCGCUCGAGGAGUCGCCUUGGCGCGCUGCGUGCGGCGAGCAAUCGCAGCCUGUCCUGGACGUGUGGUGGCACAUCAGCGCCCACAGCCUGGACCCCUUCAGGGGCACCUACCGCUUCCUCGACUUCUGCUCUGCGGAGGAGCGCUCUGGCGUAGAGGAGGUGUUGCUCAAGGCUACCGACUCCAAGCUGGUUGACUGGGACGCGUUCGCCACGUUAUCACGGGAUGUUUCGUGGGCGUGUGAGUUCUACGUCCUUUGCGAGGGCGGGCGCAUCGUUGACAACUUUCGCCCAGGAGACGUACUGGUUAAGAGGUUAGUUACCGAGCCUGUCCCGUUACCGUUCUGGGGCCCAACGAAGCCCAUUAGUGGGAUGCAUGGCGACACGGACGGGCUUGGCGAUGGAGAUGCAGAUGAUGCAGGGCACCUGGACGACAAGGGCGACGACCACGAGUUCGGGGACGGCGCGAGCGACGAGGAGGGCGACCAUUUCGAGCACGACGUGGGCAGCGACGAGGCGUCCGCUGAAGCGGACAGCGAGGACAUCCGAGGCGCCGAAUGCGUCGACCAACGUGUUCUGGCAUAUGCCCGCUGUCUGCGCGCAAGCUCGAAGUGGCCCCGCAUCCCCGAGGCAUUCGAACUUGCCGCCGCAGCCGAGGGGGGCACUGCCAGCAUCGCGCGUUGGUCGACGCGUUUGUUCACGAGGAUGGACCAGCAUCUCUCGAUGAUGAUUUCUGGUGGGAUUUUCUUUCUCUAUCGGAUGGCGGUGAUUCUGAGCCCCUGGCUGGCGACGAGGGCGACGUGCACGUGGUCAGCGACGACGGCGGAGACGGUGUUGGCCCUCACGAACCUCAUGGGGGUGAUGGCGGUGGCGGGCCCGCAGUUGGCCUUGCAGAUCGCGGGCACGCAGAUGCGUUUUUCAUUCACCCGCACGGCACAGUGA